UAUAUAUAAAAUAUAAAAUAAAUAAUUAAAUAAAAUAAUACGUUUGAUCGAGCAGAGAGAGAAAAAAUCUAACACGAGAUUAAAAGCAAAACAAAACAAAGUAGAAAUAAUGGUGUUUACAAAGUUGAACGAGAAAAUAUCGUGUGGAGAGGUGAAAGGUUAAAUAAAUACAGCUGAGUUGUGUUGUCAAUAGUGCAGAAGUGGAUAUGAACAGUGACAAUAUUUACAAUUUUGAAUACUAUGAAGAUUUAUAUAGCUUGUAACAUUUAAUAUAAAUAGAACAACAAAAAAUAUAUAUAUAAGAAAUUUCUAAUGUUUUCUUCUCCGAAUGAAAGAUUACUCAAGCUAUAAAACUCACUGAACCAAGAUUGCACUAGAUUAUAAAUGAGAUUUACUGCUGUCACCAAACUAAAGCCUGAAAUGAACAUAUAUUGGAGCAUCGUUUUUACGGUUUCUAUAACCGUACAAUCUGUUUCAGUCUCAAAAACGGAUUUUCUGCAAACCAUUUUGGAUUCUUAUGAUAGCAGUAUUUCACCAAACUUCGACAACAAUGAACCAACUGUUGUUAAGGUCAAACUUCACGUCAACAGCUUUGAUUCCGUGACUGAAUCAUCAAUGGACUACUCCCUGAAUGCCUUAAUUACCCAAGAAUGGACAGACAAACGAUUGGAUUUCUACGAUCUCAUUGAUGCUGAAUACCUCGAAUUAGAUGCUAAGCUCAUACACAAGAUAUGGGUUCCAGAUUUGUAUUUCCCAAACGAGAAGUAUUCCUACUUCCAUGACGUCACAGUUCAAAAUAAAAUGCUCCAUGUUUAUGACAAAGGUCAGGUCAUUUAUAAAGCAAGAAUUUCAUUGACAGCUUCCUGUCCUAUGGAUCUAAGACGAUAUCCUAUGGACACACAAGUUUGUUCUCUUUAUAUGGAAAGUUUUGCUUACUCAAAAAGGAGUGUAAUAUUUCUGUGGGCUGCUAACCCUCUGAGCCUUAGUAAAAAUCUUAUCCUGCCCCACUUUCGUAUUUUAAAACAUGCACCAUACGAAUGCGAUCCUACAAUGCAGUUUGACUCGGGAAAUUUCUCGUGUCUCGAACUGAAAUUCACUAUGAAAAGGAACCUCGGCUACUACAUGAUUCAAAUCUAUAUUCCAAGUAUUUUUAUUGUAGUUAUCUCUUGGGUUUCGUUUUGGCUGAACGUAGAUGCUGUACCAGCACGUAUCUCACUCGGAAUCUUAACAGUGUUAACCAUGACAACUCAAAAGACAUCAGCUAUAACUACGCUACCGAAGGUAUCGUAUAUAAAAGCUAUAGAUGUCUGGAUGGCUGCUUGUCUAUGCUUUGUCUUCGCAGCCUUGCUGGAAUUUGCUUUUGUCAACAUCCUUGACAGACACCAAUUGAAGAAGUUCAUGUCAAUGCGAACUGCUGCAGAAUUCUCUGAUAGCAUUGAGCGCAACGACGUAAUCAAGAGAAACCCGAAUGCACGACCACUACUCUACACCAAAGGAUUCCGAAAAGCUCGACGUAUUGAUAUCAUCUCCAGAUUCCUCUUCCCAUGUGCCUUUGCAGGAUUUUGUGUAUGCUACUGGCUUGUUUAUAACAUCAACAGCGGCACAGUUGGGGAGCAGACCUGAUCGACCGAAAUUUUUCGAAAGCCACACAACAUAACAUGCAUACAUAUAUAUAU